GCUACCGUUAGGCCUGCCUAUGCAGUACCCAAGCACAUUGUGCGGCCUGACUACGUAGACACUAGACUGGUCCCAGAAUGGCCAGACUACAUAGAGAUCAAGAGCCAAGAGCAGAUUGAAGGCCUUGCUAGAGCAUGUCAGCUAGCCAGACAUGUACUGCUACUAGCUGGACACAGUCUGAAGGUUGGUAUGACAACAGAUGAAAUAGACUUCAUCGUACACCAGGAGACAAUCAAGCACAAUGCCUACCCCUCCCCUCUCAGAUAUGGGGGUUUCCCCAAAUCAGUCUGUACAUCUGUGAACAACGUGGUCUGUCAUGGCAUACCUGACAGUCGGCAACUUCAAGAUGGAGAUAUCAUCAAUAUUGAUGUCACUGUAUAUUUGGAUGGUUUCCAUGGUGACACCUCAGAAACGUUCUUGAUUGGCGAGGUCGAUGAGGUUGGGCAGCGAUUGGUAGAAACUGCCAGGCUUUGCAGAGAUGAGGCCAUCGCUGCCUGCAUGCCGGGUGCACAGCUCUGUGUUAUAGGAAACACUAUCAGUGAAAUAGCUCAUGCCAGUGGCUUCCAAGUGUGUCCUUAUUUCAUUGGACAUGGAAUAGGCUCCUACUUUCAUUGCCAUCCUGAGAUCUGGCACCAUGCUAAUGACAAUGACAUGACCAUGGAUGAGGGCAUGGCAUUCACAAUAGAGCCCAUACUGAUGGAGGGGUCUGUAGAGUUUAAAAUACUGAAGGACAAGUGGACCGCAGUGUCUGCAGAUGAUAAAAGGUCGGCUCAGUUUGAACACACGGUGGUCAUCACAUCUGACGGAGUAGAUAUUCUCACCAAACUGCCAGAAGAGAGCAACGGUGACCUGAAGGGUCUGACUGCUGACCCACACAUCGACUGUUAGAACCAUCUUUACAUCAACAACUACUUUUUAUGAUAAUGGAAAAGACACUGUUAGAACAAGAACUUAAAUAGUGACUCACAUAGACCUAUUUUAAACCUGCAGUUUCUACCUGUAAAUUGUGUAAAAAGAAAAAUAAAUGUUCUUAUUUUACUUUUAAUUAUUAACAAGAGAUUAUACAUGCAGCAUCUGUAUAUUCAGUUUGACCCAUUUCAGUCAGUUCUUUUGCUACCCCAUCAGCAGCUGACCAGUUUUUUACUUUAUGACAGAAAGUACAGUGACAGUUAAAUGUGAUUUGAUUUGAACUAGAAGGGAUUCGUAACAGUUAAAUGGGAGUAACACUAGCAGGGUCUAAACCAGGAUGUUAGACUUACCACCAACCAAAAGGUCUUCUGAUUAUUUAAUAAAAUCACACAACCUCAAA